AUGCACCAUGCGUCAGCAAUCUCGUGGCCAUUGCCUCUCCAAGGCAUGCACAGCAAGGGUCGCAAGCAUCGUGUCUUGGCUGCAUUUUUCGUGGCCGGACUGGAUCCAAACUUCCUUCAAAGUCUGCAACCACAACAACCAGCAAAGUGCAAGAAGAUCAUGAAUGAUGCGUACUUCUGUGCAUGGGCCUCGGCAUUUGUGGAAGCCGGCACACCUUCCGCCGAUGGCCCCUCGCAGGCCAAGCCGCCAGACUACUCCUCGCGGCCGAAAUCGGAGCUGCAGCGCCCGGCAGCCCGCGCCUUUGCAGAGCAGGUCGGGCUGGUCGGGGAGUUCUCGAAGCAGAGCAUCUUCUAUCUUAAGGAGGCGGCACAGCUGAUCGAUCGGGCGCAUCAUCGACUUGAUGGGCGGAUCGAACACGUCCUGCAGCUCCAGUACACCCUCGACAAGGCAGACAAGGAUUUGGGCCGAUUCUAUUGUGACGAGCGCCAGUCUCUGCGCAUGACCAUUGCCUGCAUUCCAGACCUGUUCAUGCAAAGGUGUGGUGACUGCAGCAUGGAAGCUUACCAGGAGGCCUCUCGCGCUCGGCUUCUGCUUCCGGAGCUGCAGGUCCUGGCCUCGAUCACGGAGCUGGAUUUGACGGGCCGCUCCUUGCGAGAUGCUGGGGCCAGGCUGGUGGCGGAUGCUCUUAAGGGUUGCACCUCGCUGAGAAGCUUAAGCCUCCGCUGGAACGGCAUCCGAGAGGAGGGAGCAGCCGCACUUGCAACUGCCGUUCAGUGCAGCAGCCUGAGAU